GGCAGCGCCGUCCGCCGUGUACGCGGACACAAACAGAAACAUGUGCAGAUUUCUCCUCCUGGCGGCGUUUUAACUCAGAUGGAGAACUACGUGAGAACCCGGGUGGAGGAGCAGCCGCCCCCCUGCCCCUUCACGGGCCUGGGGCCCGACACGCCGGAGGUUCGAGUCCGGGACGGCAGCAAGAUCCGGAACCUGCUGCGCUUCGCCCUGAGCCGGCUGGAGGCCGAGCCCCGGCCCGGGUCCGAGGAGGCCCCGGUCCAGCCCGGGGACACCCCGGUCCCGGCCCGGCCCCCGGCCCUGGCCCGGCCCCCCUGCAGCCACCUGGUCUUCACGGCCAGCGGCCGCGGCGUGUCCAAGGCCGUCACCUGCGCGGAGAUCGUGAAGCGGCGGGUGAAGGGCCUGCACCAGCUGACCCGGGUCCAGUACGGCACCGUGGUGGAGGUCUGGGACCCGCUGGAGCCCGCCGGCACCGGCGCCGGCCUGGACAGCCUGACGGUCCGCCGGAACCAGCCCACCGUCUGGAUCCUGCUGUCCCGGGACCCGCUGGACCGGGGCCAGCCCGGCUACCAGGCCCCGGGCCGCUACGACGGCCUGUGGGCCCCGGGCCCGGGUCCCGGUACCGGUACUGGCACCGGCAGGGAGGAGGCCGGGUCUGCCGGGCCCAGGCCCGGUCACCGCAGGAAGAGGGGGGGAGGGGGAGGACGGGGGAAGGGCCCGGCUCGCCCCGCGGGGCGGCCCAGGGAGGCCCUGAAGGGACAGAACUGA